AUGGAAACCAUUGAGGUUUUAGCACUCGUAGCCGCUGUGCUCUUCUGCCUAGCCGUCCUCUGGCGAAGCACCAGUCCUGCGGUCCAGCUGAUCAGGGACCCUGCCGUUGCCCACAGCCUCCUUAACGAGCACGCCGACGCUUUCAUGAACCGGCCGUCAGCUGGCCUUCUCACGGCUCUGGCGACCUGGACUCGUGGCCCUGAACGGAACGAGACCUUGGCGACCGUGACCUACGGCUCGCACUGGCGAUCACUCCGGUCCAACCUCACCGCGGGCUUCCUCAACCCCACGCACCUCGCCGCCGUUGCUCCGCUGCGGGCGGAUGCCAUCCAAGACCUUGUCACCGGCCUGUCACAAGCCGGCGGAGAGGAGGUGGUCAUGCGGGAACACCUCGACCGCGCCAUGUUUACGCUGGCCGCGCGGCUGUGCUUCGGCGGCGACCAUGGUCUGGAAGAGAGCGGCGUGCGCGCCAUGCAGCGCGCGAUGGACGACCUCUCGCAGGCCAUGGACGACACGGUCUCCUUCGACGGCUCGACACUGGGCAAGAUCACGCACUGGAGGAGGCUGCGCCGGCUCUUCGGCCUGUUCGGCCCGCUGUUUGAGGUGGUGCGCCCGCUCAUCGCAGCAGCACGGGCAAGGAAGAGCGGCGACUCGUACGUAGACUCACUCGUGGAGCUCCGCGUGCCGAACCCCGACGUUGACGUCGUCGACGCCAAGCGUGCGCUCACCGACGACGAGAUCCUGGGCCUAGUGGCGGAGUUCCUGGCCACCAACACGGGGGUGAUCGUGGCGUGCAUCGAGUGGACACUCGCGAACCUCGUCAUCCUGCCGGAGGUGCAGAGGAAGCUGCGGUGCGAGAUCGACGAGGCGGUGGCAGCUGGUGGUGGUGAGGCCGAGCUCUCCGAGAAGGCCAUCCGCGACAUGCCGUACCUGCGCGCCGUCGUGCUCGAGAGCGUGCGCAUCCACCCACCGUCGCCUUUCGUCACGCGUGGAGUCCACGACGUCGCCACCGGCAGGCUGAGAAAGAGGCUCAUCUUCAUGGUGCGUGAAAUCGGGAGGCACGGGAGCGCGUGGACGGAGCCCGGCCAGUUCAAGCCGGAGCGGUUCCUGCCGGGCGGCGAGGCGGAGGACGUCGGCCACAUGCCGGGGCGGAACGAGAUCAGGAUGAUGCCGUUCGGAGGCGGGAGGAGGUUCUGCCCCGGCUCCAAUCUGGCGAUUCUGCAGGCCAAGUUCUUCCUGGUGGCGCUCCUGCGCAACUUUGAGCUGGUGCCGCCCAGCAGCGGCGUGGACCUGACGGAGGUGGGCGAUUUCAACAACGUGAUGAAGAAGCCGCUGCGUGUGCGCGUCACUCCGCGCAAGUUGCCCUAG